AUGUUCAGUGGCUCCUCGAGCCCACCCAAAGACAAGACAGAUUCGCUCCCAGCACCCGGCAUUGAAACCAACUCUCUCGCUCUCCCGACGGACGACCCCAGCCCCAUUCGCGAUAAGAAAUUCUCGCCUCCUGGUGCCGGCUUUUUCAGUCGCCGACUCAGUGAAGACCAGGGCCCCGCCGGUGAAAAGAAGCGCCGGAGCAGUACUGUCACCAAGGCGGCGACCUUUUUCAGUAACGCGAAGAACUCGCUGAAUCUGAACGGCGUGCGGGACAAUAACCUGCCCCUCAGCACUAGCCCCCAGGUCUCGGAUAGCCCACUGCAAAAGCUGGGGAAGAUGGACCCGGCCCUGAACGUCCCUCAAGGGUCGUUCAAUAACUCCGCGGGCGAAUCGAUCCCGACCUCUCGCUCAUCCUUCCGCGUUGGUGUCACAGAAGACCGGAAUCGAAAAUGCCGCCGUACAAUGGAAGAUACCCACGCCUACCUCUACAACUUUCUCGGUACCCCGGCUCCCAAUGCACCGCCCGACAUAAACGGUAACGAGCCUCCCGGGGCGCCGAAUGAGUCGCAGACAUCGGAGGAUUCCUCGAGCAUUGUGGAAACAGACAAUGGGUAUUUUGCGAUCUUUGAUGGGCAUGCGGGCACAUUCGCGGCGGAAUGGUGCGGCAAGAAGCUCCAUUUGAUUCUCGAGGAAAUCAUGCGCAAGAGUCCCAACACGCCUGUGCCGGAACUCCUUGACCAGACCUUUACGAGUGUGGACCAGCAGUUGGAGAAAUUGCCUCUCAAAAACAGCGGGUGUACGGCAGUCAUUGCUGUUCUUCGGUGGGAGGACCGUGUGCCGAGCUCACAUUCAGCCACUGGGUCCUCCGCGCUCGCCCCUGCCGCUGUCGCAGCGACCAAGGGCGACACAAAUGCCGAGACUGCCGAGACCUCAACCCAAGACACACAAUCCGAGACAUCGACCGUCCUUCCCAAACUACAGGAGAGGGCCGCCCGCCAACGAGUGUUGUACACGGCGAAUGUAGGCGACGCCCGUAUCGUUCUGUGCCGGAAUGGAAAGGCCCUUCGGCUAUCUUACGACCACAAGGGAAGCGAUGAAAAUGAAGGGAAAAGGAUUGCUAGCGCUGGCGGGCUUAUUCUCAACAAUCGCGUCAACGGGGUACUGGCAGUCACCCGAGCCUUGGGAGAUGCGUACUUGAAGGACCUUGUGACUGGGCAUCCCUACACCACAGAAACCGUGAUCCAGCCCGACGCUGAUGAGUUUAUCAUUUUGGCUUGUGACGGGUUAUGGGAUGUCUGCAGUGACCAAGAAGCUGUGGAUCUCAUCCGCAAUGUCUCGGAUGCCCAACAUGCCUCCAAGAUUCUUGUGGACCACGCUCUCGCCCGGUUCAGUACCGACAAUCUGUCCUGCAUGGUCAUCCGACUCGACUCCAACCGUGUCAAGGAUGUGGUCAACAACAACACAGAACCAAUCGGCGUAGACGGUGAUCCGCCAGCCAACGUCACCCAUGGUGUGAGCGAGGCCGACAAGAUAGUUGAAGGCGCUCGGAAGAGCAUGGCCACCGCCGGCCUGGCCGACGACCCGGAGUCGGCGGAGAAGGCCAAGGAGGAGAUGCUCGAGAAGAUGUCCAGCCCCGACCAAGAACCAGGCCCCGAGCUGACAAUCGGCGAGAACGCCGAUCUGCCUUCUGUGAAUAUUUUGAGCCCCAGCAAAGAGUCCCGCUAA